AUGGUCAAGGCUGCCUCGAGGCACGCCACUCCGGAUGGCGAGAAUGAGAACGAGAACGGCAACGAUCUCGCUCUCGCCACGCCCCGACCCAAAUCCGCUCAGCUUUUGCCUUCGCGCAACAGCAUGUCCAACAUCACAAACUCGCUCUCGUCCAAGCGCAUCCUUCCAGCUCACCUUCAGUCAGCCGCAAAACCCGCCCUGCGCGGCUCCCUCUCUUCCAACGCUACUCCGCAGCCGAGGCGCAAACGUACAGAUGCCGAGCCUGCCACUGUCACGCCUCGUCCCAGAGCAUUCGUAGACAAAACGUCCGAGAUGCGCAAGAUGCAGUCCGUCAGCGACAUUUCCAGGCUCACUACUGCUUCCGCAUCCUCCAGCGACGACUCUUCCAGGUCGGCAGACAUCGAGCCUGUCAAAGCGUACCUGCGCAUCCGACCUCCCGCCCAAGACGCUCCCAAAGAGUCCGCUCGCCCUUACAUCGAGGUUGUCAGCGACACCGAAGUCCUCAUGCACCCGCCCGCCCAGCACGCUUACAGCAGCGCUCAUCCUGGUGUCAGGUCCAGAACCGCCAGCAUCCUCCCUCCCACAAAGUACAUCUUCAGCAAGGUCUUUGGCAACGAGCCCUCUUCUUCCUCUCGCGCCGAGCAAGACAUGUCUCAAUCUGCCUUCUUCCAGCACACCACUCUUCCUCUCGUCGAAGCUCUUCUCCAAGGCGAGAGCGGCCUCAUGUUCACCUACGGUGUCACAAACUCUGGAAAGAGCCACACCGUCAUGGGCAACAGCUCGCCCGGCGGCGCCGGCAUUCUUCCGCGUUCGCUCGACGUUAUCUUCAACAGCAUCAAUGGUCUCGAGAGCUCCGCAACCAUCCAACCCGUCGGUGUCUCGGGUGUCCAGCGCGCAGAAAAGCACUCCCUGACGGCCGAGUCUGCUUCUAACCUUGGCGUCAAUCCUUUCAUGAUUCCGAGCGUCUCGCGUAGACUCCUCGCAGAGGCUCCCACACGUACUCCGAAGCCUGCAAAGCUCAUCGAACACGAUCCAACUAAAGUUGCAGUCGACCGCAACCUCCGCUACAGCGUCUUUGUCAGCUACGUCGAAAUCUACAACGAGAAACUUUUCGACCUCCUCGAUGUCUCGCCCGGUGCCACUCUCGGUCGAUCCGAGUCGGUCCGCGGCUCCAACUGGAGUCUUGCCAACAUGGCCAACGCGCCUCCGAGCUCCAUCCCAUCGAGCGCCAGCAUCACGCUUAACCGCAAGCCCCUCAGCCUCAAGAACGAUCACGACAACGGCGGCAAGUAUGUUGCCGGUCUGCGUGAGAUCAGGGUAUCUUCGGCACAAGAAGCUCGCGAUCUCCUUCAUCGCGGCCAGGAGAAUCGUGCCGUCUUUGGAACCAUGGCAAACCGUGCAAGUUCCCGAAGUCACGGCAUCUUUACCAUCAAAGUCAUUCGUCACCACGGAGGUCUCACCAAUCUAUCCGAUGAUGACCUCGACUCCUUCACCACUGCGCGUCUCAGCAUCGUCGAUCUUGCAGGAAGCGAGCGUGUCGCCAACACCGGCCUCGCAAGCGGUGACCGUCUCAAGGAGGCCGGCAACAUCAACAAGAGUUUAAUGUGCCUCGGUCAAUGUCUCGAAACUCUUCGCAAGAACCAGGUGCGACUCAUGGGCACCACCGACAACGGCCAGGCUGCUACUGUCAAGCGACGCGUCAGCAUCGUCCCUUUCCGUCAUUCCAAGCUCACCGAACUCUUCCAGAGCUUCUUCGUCGGCGAGGGCAAGGCCGUCAUGAUCGUCAACGCGAACCCUUACGAUACCGGCUUCGACGAGAACUCGCACGUCAUGAAGUUCAGUGCCAUCGCCAAAGAGGUUGCUGUUCCGCGCUCCAUGGGUCCCGUGACCAAGAUGUUGCCUCCGCUUCCACCUCACAAAGAGGACCGUGCUUCCGACUCUCGAUCGCUGCCAAAGUCCAAGUCGAGCAUCGACGUGACCACCUCCGGUAGCGAAGCUAGCGCAGACGUCACCAUCGUCGAGGACGACGAAGAAUACGAAGACGAGAAUCACGAUUCCUUCGUCGACAUGCUCGUCCAGAAGCACGAGGAAUUGCGACAAAAGCUCUACGCCGCCGAAAUGCGCUGCGCCACCAUCGAGGCUGAAGUGAGGAAGGAGAUGGCAGAUGAAUUCGAAGCCAGACUUGUCGAAUUGCAAGAAUUCUACCACACAAGGAUGAUGAACGAUGCCGAAGAAAACAACAAGUUCACUAACCGCAAGAUCGACCUGCUCGUCAGCACAAACGCUCGCAACGAACCCGAACUCGAUGCUGACACCAGCCUCGAAAGGCAGCUCUCCGACAUUAGCAUGAGCGACGACGAGCACUACGAGUCCGGUCACGAUGAGGCCGAGGUCGAAGGCAACCUUGUUGCCAGGAACCGUGGCUUUGACCGCAGCAUGAGCGAGGUCAGCGCGGGUGACAGCGUCUUUGACGAUGCAACCGAGGGCGAAGUAUCCGACUCUCUCGCCAUCGACGAUUCCGAAGAUGAACAGGACGCGAGCCAGCUUGAAGAGUCUGCCAUCCUCCAACCAGGCAGGACUCCCAGGCGCUCGGCAGCAAAGCAGAUCAACUACGCGGCUUCCGAGGACUCGCUCACUGGAUUGGACGAGGAAGAUGCUUCUCAAUCAGAGUCUGAAUCCGGGUCCGAAGAGGAGUCCGGAUCUGACGCUGCAUCGGUGAGCGAUCAAGACGACAACAUGUCGUCGGCUAUCAGCGCUGCAGGAGCUGACGAGAGCGAGAAUGACUACAGCAGCGAAAGCGAUAGCGAUAACGACGCAGACCAGGCGGACGAGCGAAAGCUCAACAAGCGCGCAGCCGAACAAGGCAAGUCGCAGGUCUUUGUCGAGAUCCCUGACAGCACUCCUGAUGACAGCCUCAGCUCCAUCGCAAGCUCGUCUCGCCUGCAGCAGGAAUCCGACUCGUCCUUUGACGAAGAGAAUGCCAACUCAGACAGCGACGAGGAAGAGGACCGUCCCGCACCUCCACGAAGAAAGUCUGGCCGUGCCAGCGGAGCCAAUUCGAAAGCAACCCGCGGAAGCAACGGCAGCACCGCCACAGCUCGUGGCCGACGCUCCUCAAACAAGUCCCGCGCCUCUUCUCGAGAUGCGUCCAUCCUCGACCAGGCUGGUGCGCUCACCGACUUGAGCGAUGCCAGCAUGGUAAUGGAAGAGACCGUCACGCCUAAGAAGAAGCGCAAACUGCGUAAGAAGGCAGCCAUGCAGGAGGACGACUACGUCGAGCAGAUCGGCGACUCGAGUCUCGUCGAGGCUGUCUACUCGAACACUAGCCACAACACCUCGAGGGCCUCGGGCGCGAGCCGAGCCUCCCGCAGCUUCAACAGUCGGAAAUCGCUUCGCUUCUAA